AUGAGUCAAGAUAACAUUUCACCAGCAAAUCCUGACCCCAUGGAGGCCCGUGUCACUAAGAUUGAGGAGAUGUUAGCAAACUUAACUGCGAUGAUGCAAGCUCAGGCUGGUGUUGCUGCAACAGGCAGAAGAAAGUCUGAAAGUAUCAAGAACCAAGAGUUGAAGGAUAAAGUUAAUCUCCUUGAACACUUGAUCAGGAACCUUAAAGGUGUUGAAGAUCAGAUCAUUGAUACAGAAGGGUUGUGUUUCUUUCCUCAUGUUAGGUUGCCAGAAAAAUUUAAAUGGACCUCUGAAAAGUUUGAUGGUAGGGGUGAUCCCCAUACUCACUUAAGAUCUUUUAUUGGCCAGUUGAGGGGAGGCCGAGGCUUCACGAAUGAGCAACUGGGGCAGGCCUUCCAAUUUUCAUUGACUGGUGCUGCUCACCAUUGGCUAAUGGCCCUAGAUUCUUCCUCAACCCGCACUUGGGAUGACAUGAUGAAGGCAUUUACUCGCCAAUACUCCUAUAAUACAGAGAUAGAGUUGACCAGGAGAGAGUUGGAAACAACAAAGCAAGCAGCAGGUGAAGGGUUCACUAGCUAUUUGAAAAGGUUUCGUGACAAAGCGGCUCAGAUGUGGGAUAGGCCAAAUGAGAGAGAGCAAGUGGGAAUGAUAGUGAGAGGAUUGCGAGACCCAUACCGAAAGUUAUUGUUUACUCUCCCCAUCCUCAACUUUGAUGGUUUGAUAGUCACGGCACAACAGGUCGAGGAUGCCAUCUUUCAAGAGGAACUCCCUAAAAUGGAUCAGUUUGCAACUGAGUCCAGUAGUAGCAGAAGACCUCCACAACAGAAAAGCUCAGGGGUCAAUGCCAUAAUGUCUACUCUCCCUUCUGCGGCACCAACAUCGUCCACAACGGUAGCUCCGUUCACACUAGAGCAAGGGAUAACUCCUCUCAGUCGACCUAAGAGGCAGUUCGCCAAUUUGAGUGCACCCCUGAGUUCAAUUUUUAGCAGAUUAGCGAAGGCCGGAUUGAUUUCUACGAUCCAACCAAGGCCUAUUCCCGAGCCAAAGCCACGUUGGUAUAAUCCAGACCUAUUUUUCCACUAUCAUUGCCAAGAAGGACAUACCACAGAUAACUGUUUCAAUUUGAAACAUGCUAUACAGGACCUUUAUGAUGCUAAAAAGUUUGAGCUUCGACCUAAACAGCCUAGUGUAACCACAAAUCCUCUUCCAAAUCACCAAUCAAUCAAUGCUCUUAGUGAGGAUUUGAAAGAAUUUGACCCCACCAUCUUUAUUAGGCAUCUGUCUAUCUAG